UGUAAACAGCAGUGGCGGUAUAGUGAGGUUGGGAUGGAGCCACAGGUAUCUGGGAGAGACGGCAAGGACAAACCCGGCGAUGGGGCACACAGCUGUCUGAACUCCGGCAUGUUUCUUAGCGGAUUUGACGGGCAGUCGAGGCUGCUGCUUCGGUCACUGAUGUCCGGAACCUCCGGGACCUCGAGAGCGCUGGACGUCUUCCACAGGCAGCAACGGGCUAACCCGGAGAGCUCACUGUGUGGCUUCAUAGAAACACUGUGCAGAGACGAAAUAACCCACACAGAGGCUGACACUGAGUUUCUAACCGUUAAACCACUAGUCUGCCUGUUUCCACCUUUAUUUAAACAAAACCUGCUGUCAUUCAUCCACCUGGUGCACUCUGUUCUUCCUCGGACCGCUGUACUCCAUCUGAUCAAAUGUCUCAGCCAGGACUCUCGUCCAAACCCGUGGGUGACUGCUCUGUGCAGACAACUCGAAAGAGACCUGGAAACCCACCGUGAGGUGCCUCUGUACACCACACCGUGCAGCCAAAGACUAAAGGAGCUCUCCCAGGGUUUGAUCGGAUCUGCUGAAACUGGAGGAUGGACCAAGUGCUUCAGUGGUCAAACAGCAGAAUUUGAAUCCCAGAGUACAUCUGAUUUAUCUGAGCUGGGGACACAGAGGAAGAGAAAGGGCAGUUUUGUCAGCGUGGGGUCUGAUGGUGAAGAAACGGGAUCACAGAGUAAACGGAUAAAGAUGGAUGAUAAUGAGUGUGUCACAGCUGAAGAACUGAGAGUUAACAAGGAAAUGCCGGGAGCGCCAGAAAGUGAUGCUGCAGCAGAAACUCCAGCCUCAGACAGUUCGUGUGAUGGCCUGCCUGAACAUAUAAAGGUCUGUAUUCCUCAGAUAAAAGAGUUGUUGGAGAGUCAGACGGAGUGGGACCAGAGCUCCACAGAUGUGUUCAAAGUGCUGAACAACUGUGACUCAAACCAAGUGGAGGUGUUAUGCAGCAUGCUGAAUUUCCCGGGCUUACCUGACCAGGCACUGCCUAAACUGUGCAGCAGUGUUUUGGCCCUCUCUCCUGACCUCAGCUACAGCACUGCUGCAACGCUCAUCAAGAGCCUUCUGCUGGAGAAGGUGCUGUCCCUGUCAGAGCCGGCCUCCAGGUGUCUGGUUACCGCAGUGACUUCACUGUGUAGCCGCUAUCCCAGACCAGUGUGCCAGGCUCUAAUCGGACCAGUACUAGAGAAAGAGAACAUAGGGCCUCCACAGGCUGAGCUGCUAAGCAGACUGAUAGAAAGCUGCCUGGAUUCUCACUACAGACUGCUGGUGGUUCAAAUGACAUUGAAGAUUGCAUGGAGUGAGGCAGUGCUGUCUAUUAUCCACAGCUUGCUAGACUCAAAGCCUGUCUUGAAUGAAGAACUUUUCACACAGUUCACAGAACAGCUCGUCAGUCAGGCUCCUCGUUUCACAAAGUCUGUGAAGUUUGCAAAAAUGAUGCUCACAGUACUCACCAAAUACAGCACCGAUGUGACUGCUGCACACAAACACUCCUUGUCCAGCUGCCUGAUGUUAAAUGAGACCUUCCUGAAGAAGUCUCUACAAGCUGCUUUAAAACGAAUCGCAGACACGUGACCUCACCACCUUUUCACCUAAUUUACAUAAAAAAAAAACCCUGUAUAAAUAAAUUAAACUGGCAAUGAAGAAUCUUAAUUCACCAGUCUGACAGGGCUGCUAUUAUUUUUUUAUUACUCUGACUGUUCACAGGUCUUACAAUAACUAUUCCUAAAUGCUAAUCCUUGCGCUCCUGAACACAACACACCCAUAUAUCUAACUCAAUCUAGUAUUAGGACAAAGUUGAUACUGAAUUACUGUAACCUGCAGACUUUUAUCUGGUCAGUCUUUACAAAUAUUUGCAAUUUCUUUUGCAAUAUCUCAUGAAAGCUUUGAAAAGGCAAACAAUUAUUUGGCAAACAUUAUUAUUACUUAUAUGGUAUUUAUUUUUAUAAUUAUUAUAAAUUAUAACUGGCUCCAUUGAGUUGGCUUAUACAUCUGGUGAGGAAGCCUCAUGGGGGCUUCCAAUUGCAUGGUUUUCAGGCAUACUCAACUAGAAGGAGACCCUGGGGUAGACCUCAAAUUUGUUGCAUGUAUUUCUUGUCUUCAGACCUGGGAAUGCCUCAGAAUCCCCAUGUGGAAGUGGAAAGUGUUGUUGGGAAGAACGGCCCUGCAUAACCUGCUGCCACCACAGCCUGAAUUUGGAUAAGCAGAAGCUAGGCUGAAUGGAUGGGUGGAUUAGAUCAUAAUGUCAAUUAAUUGUAUUCAUUUUCAAAGCCUCAGGGUUUUUUUUGUAACUUUUUAUUUUGAAUUUUCAUUGUGACAAGAAUAUAACAAAAACAACAAUAAAAGACAAAAAUAAAAGGGGAACAAAUUGGGGCACUGUUCCAAGCAUCAUGAAUUAAGUGACAGAAUCUUCAAACCUUUGCUUAUAUUUAUGCCGUUUAGCCCAAGUUGUUGAAAAAGAUUACCUUUAAGUCGUAGAAAGAAAGUCAGUCUCUCCAUCAGAUGUAUUUCCUCUAUAAUCUCUAGCACUUGCUCUACUCGGGAAGGAUCCUUCUUAAGGAAUUUCCUUGCCUUUUCAGAUGAGAUCAACAGGAUUUUAAAAAUAUAUCUUUCCUUUUUUAGAAUCAAAUCUCUGGGUAGCAAACCCAGUAGGAAGAUCCUGGGAUCCUUAGGGAUGCAUAGGACAUGAUGUCAUCUGUUAACUUGGAUAUACUGUCCCAAAAUGAGGUCAAUUGUGUACACGUCCAAAAGAUAUGAGAGUGAUUGGCGUUUGGGUGACCAUACUGUCUCAAAGCCUCCAUUUUUUAAAGGCUAAAAAAAGUUAUUCAGAUUUCGGGGUUCCCUAAAAAUGUCUUACAGCACCUCAAAAUCUAUUAAUUUUUUUCUGUUAAAUCGCACAAUUUUGUUCCAAUUGUUUAUUUUGCUUGUUAAUAUACAUUUCAUUUUAGCAGUAUUUGUGGCGGUCAUGUUUCCAGUUAUAUUUAAUAAACAUGGUCUUAAAAAGUAGAGCUAAUAAAAGAAUCCAAGUGAAAAUCCAAAAGAUUUGUGAGACUCGUACCAAAUAUAUUUAAUAUGUAAAUUGUUUUACAGCAGCGUAUGGUCUUUCAAAUCAAAAAGUUUUCACAGGCUAUAAGCAGCACUGUGAAAAACUGUGCACACCUCAUAAUUCAGUAGCUUCUAGAACCACCUGUAGCAGCAAUAACUUGAAGUCAUUCUGCUUUGUUUUGCUUUAUCAGAAUCUCACAUCAUUGUGGAGGAAUACUGACCCACUGUUUUUUUUGUUUUGUUUUGUUUUGUUUUGGGUUUUUUUUUUUGGUUUUUUGGUUUUUUAAAGUUGCUUCACUUCAUUGAGCUCUCUUAAAACCCUGCCACAGCAUCUCAAUCAGGUUGAAGUUUGGACUUUGACUGGGCCAUUGCAACAUCUUCACUCUUUUUCAGUUAUUCUGUUACAGAUUAGCUGACGUGUUUAGGCUCAUUGUUCUGUCGCAUGACCCAAUUUGUGACAAGCUUUAGCUGUCAGACCGAUGGCCUCGGAUUUAACUUUAGAAUACUUUGGUAUACAGAGGAAUUCAUUGUCGAUUCAAUGACUGCAAGGUGCCCAGGCUCCUGUGGCUGCAAAACAAGCACAGAUCAUCACUCCACCAGUUGGUAUGAGGUGUUUGUGCCGAUAUGUUGUUUGGUUUAAUAUACCUAAAUGCUCCACACAAGCAAACUGAUUUAUAAGGGAGUUCAAGCAAAUGCAUCUGAUUAACAGCACUUGGUUGUCAUUUACACUCUUUAUCCCUAUAGAAAUUGUCAGGGAUUUUUCA